GGCCGAUGGACUGGAGGCGGGAGAGGGACCUGCCGUCCUUGGGGGCCGUGGACAACAGGCCUUGCUUGACGCUCAAGAGAAUGACAACAGGCCUUGCUUGACGCUCAAGAGAAUGGUGUCCACAUCGAACUUCUCCAGAUGCUCGCACGCCUCCAUCCAGCAGCUAUGAUUGCUCUUGAUGUCCUCUACGCCAUAACCCUGCUCCCGCCCGAAUGUCAGGACUCGCAGACGCGGCGCGCGCCACACCCGCCUGCCGGCGCGCACGGCCGCAUACUGGCAGGGCAUGUUGUGCACCUCCUCCAGGUUUGACAGGUCGACGGGGGAGGGGGGCAGCGGCUCCGCCGACGUGUCGCAGCGAAAGCUGCUGUCGUGGUCGUCGUCGAAGCUGAUGACUUUGAUGGACGAAGCGGGCUGUGGCACAUGGUGUGCCGGCCGUGCUGUCCCCUCCUCACCCCCCUCCUGCUGCACCUUCUUCUCCUCGUCGUUGAUGGCCUUGCGCGCCGCCGCAUUGCCCUCGAUCAAUGCCACCCAAGUGCCACGGCACCAGCGGCUGAUCGACUCGAAGGGCAGGAUGGUGUGCAGAUGCGUCAAAUGGCUCGCGCGCUGCCCCCACUUGUAGGCUGUCUUGUGGGGCAUCCGCCCCCACAGCUGGCGCACGCCGCCCUUGGCCGAUCCGUCGAUGGUCAGGUGCGUGUAGUUGGCGGCCGCCGCGUCGAAGAGGGCCUGGCCAAGGACGCGGCGGCGAUGCGUCAGCUCCCAGGGGUGGAAGGAGCCGAACACGUUGGCGAGCUCGUCACGAGAGAGACGGAGCCGGCCCUUCAACACAGACAGACACGUUGACACAAAGGUAUAUGAUUGAGUGUGCAGAGGUGGCGGGUCGUUCGCUUCGUGUUCUCACCGGCGGCUGGUUGGGUGGCUGUCGUCCCGAUACAUGGACCUGUCGAUAUGAAGGCUGCUGUGGGGCAGCGACACUCAAAUCGGAAUCAGCUGCGGCCACCUGAGUCAAGCGCAAUGACAACAACGAACACAGAGAACCGUCUCCACCCCUUCCCUCCAACUCAUUGUCAACGUGUGUGUGUGUACCUCAGCGGCUGGUCCGUCUGGCGAUGCGUCGACAACAUCCAUCUCACCACCACUCCCACUACCACCACCGACAAUCGCUGCAGCGGGCGAGCCGGAGUCGUUCGUGUGCUGUGGGCCAUCUAGCGCGGCCGCAGCUGUGCCGCUCGCCUGCUCUGUCGGAUCUAAUGCUGCCACUGUGGUGAUUGCCUCCAGCCCCGCCGACACAGCAGACUCGGCAACUCGGAAUUGACCCGACGCAGCCCCGAGCGAGAGCAGCGCGGCCAUCGUGUCACCAGAUGCACCGCCCUGACGUAGACGCACAUCGCAACUCAGCUGCCACAUUGCACAGACGAAAGGGAAGACAAUUGUGUGUGCUCGGUGCCGGGAAUCUCAGGCACUCACCUUGAUUUUGUUAUGCAGCUGCCGGAUCUUCUCAAGCAAUACAUCCCCCUCGGCACGCAGCUGCACGACAACACACAGGAAGCAAGACAGCCGUGUGUGAGCAGACCCACAGAUAAUCACAUGCGCGUGUGGUUGGGCUGUUGGCUGUCUGUACCUCGCUGAUGCUGGCAGGAGCCAUACUCGCACCGGCCGCCUGACCCGACCCCGCCAUGAAAUCCUCCGAUGCAUUACGGUCGGUGAUCCUCCAUUGCCGACAACAAGAGCUACUGGAUGAGUCAGGAGGCCGCUCGCUCAUGGCCAUUCCUAUCGACGACCUCCGAAUGUGGCGGCGGG